UAUGGUCUCCCAAUUCGAAAUGCUUGCCAAAAUAUACUCGUUUUCACGCGAUUGGAUAUCAAAACUGCAUAUAUACCAACGUGCUUUAAAUAAAUUAGGAGUUUCCAUUUUAAUCUGGUUAUCGCAAAAUAACAGGACUCAUUGCUUUUAAAAUUUCAUCAAAUAUUAAAAGCAUUAUAAUACUGUACACUUUUUGAAUAUGAUAUUCAAACUUACGGAAUUCCUAUUAGAUUGUAGUUUGCCGACGAAAGGAAAGAUGAACAUGAAAUGUGUAAAAUUUGGAAAUUUUUGUUGGAAUAUGGAUCAUUUUCUAACAAUGACAGCUACAGUGCAGUUCAUAGGAACACUAAUUGCAAUAGCGGAGGCCGUCUGGUCCAAUAUAACCAUACAUACUGCCUCGCCACACAACACAUCGAAUGGAAGUGAAAUGUUACAGGAAUCGAACAUAACAGGCCUAGUUGUGCUGAACUCCAUCAUGACGCUUGUGCCUGUGAGUCUUCUGCCCGUGGCGUUCUAUCAUGCGAGGUCAAUGAACGCUCGCAGAAACACCUUAACCCAGGCAAGAGUGAAGACGUUUUUGAAGGAAAUAAGCAUAUUUCUGGUUCUACAAUUCAUACCGUGUGUGGCUCUGUUGGUGCGGAUACUGGUUGUAUUUAUUAAUGUACAAUCUAGAUCAACUGGUCAGCAAGAGCACAACGUAAAUGCCGAUGACGUCAUAAUAACUUGCGCGUUCGGCGUAUCCUUUGUGGCGUUCUUCAUGAUGAUUUUGUACCUUUUCCUCACAAUGUACAACAAGUUGGUGAAAACAGAAAAUACACACGAGAAAUUACUAGAGGAAUCCUGGGAAAACGAAAUUAUUUGAUGUAUUCAAAGAAGCAUCUUGUCAAUAAAUGUCAUUGUUGUAUUUCAUUUUACA